GCACAGUGAGAGGGAACCAAAACUAGUCAAGUUGUGACUCUACACGGUGCCAUUUCUGAUUGCUAUCUUUCAAAACACUUCUUUUUCCUGUGCCCUUCAGGAGAUUAUAAUAGCUUGCAGUUCAGUCUCUAAGGGCUUUCCUAAUUGAUCUUUCUCCUCAAACAAAAUAAGCAGUGAUCCCUGCAUUUCUGAAGAAGACCUCAAGAUCUGGACUUGUGGGGAAUUUCAGCAAGACAGACCUUGAGAGAUGGAGACAGAAUGCAAGAGAAUUCUUCUGCUGAAAGGGCUUCAGCCCCUCAACGACGACCAGUUUAGCAUGGUUAAGUCCCUGCUGGACUCUGAUUUGGGACUGACUUCAAAAAUGAAAGAAGACUAUACCAAGGUCAAGAUUGCUGACAUGAUGCACAAGAAGUUCCGGGGGAUUCUCUGUGUGAACAAACUCCUGAUGCUGCUCAAAGACAUAGAAGGACUAGAAGACACUGUGAAAACUAUUAAAAAUGAGAAGAGAAAAGUUAUGAAGAAGUACAAAACUCAGGGACUGGCUCCAGUGAAGAAAAGAAAGCAGGAGGCGUCCAGUACUGAUGAAUCGACAUCCACCGCAAACAAGGCUUCACGGCCACUGGAUGAUACACUUGUGUCGAAGAAAAGGAAAACUAAAACCACAGGCACCAAUAAAUCUAACAAGACACAGCCAACGUCGGAAUGGGGUCAGCUUGGACAACCUGCAGUCACAGGUGCCCUGUCACCUGCAAGCUUCUCUCAGCCUCCUCAGAUGCCUCCACCAACCCCGGGCUGCAGUUUCUCGACCAAGAAAAUGGAAACCCAAACCAUAAAAACUGAAAAAUUUGAGAUGAUGCAGCCAAUGCCGGAAUGGGGUCAGCUUGGACAACCUUCCAUCACAGGUGCCCUGUCACCUGGGUCCUUCUCUCAGCCUCCUUGGAUGCCUCCAUCAACGCCAGGCAGCAGUUUCUCGACCAAGAAACCAAGAUUGAAGUCUGUACCUACAAAAGCUUCCAGAGAAGAGGGUUUACAGAAAUGUGCCAAGGAAGUGAUGGUGCUGAAAGCCACAGAGCCAUUCGCAUAUGACAUCACAGACGAGGAGAGAAAGAUGUUUCACGCCACUGUGGUUACUGAGAGCCAGUUCUUUCGAGUGAAGGUUUUUCAUGUCGGCCUGAAGGACAAGUUCAUACCAAAGAGAGUCAUCACCUUAGCAGAUUAUAUUGGCCGCAACGGGUUCCUGGAGGUGUACAAUGUCUCUUCUGUGUCUGAUGUCAGUGCUGACCGAAAGAUGGAGGUCUCAAGCAGACUGAUCCAAAAUGCAAAUGCAACUCCUAAAAUCAAGGAGCUUCGCUCGGAAGAGCCAGGAACAUUUGUGAGUGGGGUGUAUCAGGUGCAUAAGAAAAUGGUGUUGGAUCAAUGCAUCACUUUGUAUGAAAUACAAGAUGAUACGGGGACGAUGGACGUCUUGGUGUAUGGACGACUGACCAAAGUCAACUGUGAGGAAGGCGAUAAACUCACACUCAUCUGCUUUGAACUAAGUGGGGAUCCAAGACAGCUGAGAUCUGUAACUCACAGCUUCAUCAAGACUCACACCCUCCUCCCACCUGUCUUCCCCGUGAGAACCAUCCCUUCAACUCUUGGCAUUGAGUACACCUGUCCUUCCUCUCUCUCCUGCCCUUCCACGUGCACUCAUGCUGUGGGUCAUCAAGCCCAGGAAAAACAAGAAACAACAACUCAACCCUGAUUUGUACAUGAAAACCCCAGCAUAAUGUCCUUCCAAAAACCUGGAUGCCAAUACCGAUGCACAUGGAAAUAAAAUCCAAAUACAGAAAAGCUAUAUAUGUACAUGAUAGAAAUUCAGUGAUAGGUAUACCAGCUGUUAAUUCUAGGAAACAGAGUGUUAAUGGAUACUUUUAUUUUCUUUUUAUAUUUUUCUGUGCCACCCUAAUGCCAUAUUUUGCAUGUAUAAUUUUUAUAAUUUGGGAAAAAAUAAACUUUUUUUGCUAAAGGA